UGGACAGGGUCUCCGCCAGGCGGCAAGAGCCCAGCGCCGAGAUGCGUUACGUUCUCAUCUGCCCAUCAAUUAUGGAUGGAAGCAAAUAAGGACGAGUCAAUUUUGCAUGAGCCCCGUUUCCGGCGCCGAGCCGCGUCCUGCCACCCGGAGGGAGCCGCUGUGUGCCACGGCCGCCGCCGCCCGCAAGGGGCAUGGUGCGGAGGAAGGUAGCUAAGUGGGCUUUCUAAGGAGGGGCUUCUCUGCCUUCAUCUUGCUGCACCAUGAGGUUCUUCCUGCUUUGUGCCUACAUGCUGCUCCUGAUGAUUUCCCAACUGAGGGCAGUCAGCUUUCCUGAAGAUGAUGAACCCCUUAAUACCGUAGAUUAUCACUAUUCAAGGCAAUAUCCGGUUUUUAGAGGACGCCCUUCAGGCAAUGAAUCACAGCACAGGCUGGACUUUCAGCUGAUGUUGAAAAUUCGAGACACACUCUAUAUUGCUGGCAGGGAUCAAGUUUAUACAGUCAACUUAAAUGAAAUUCCCAAAACAGAAGUGAUCCCAAGCAAGAAACUGACAUGGCGAUCCAGACAACAGGAUCGAGAAAACUGUGCAAUGAAAGGCAAACACAAAGAUGAAUGCCACAACUUUAUUAAAGUAUUUGUCCCAAGAAAUGAUGAGAUGGUUUUUGUGUGUGGUACCAAUGCCUUUAAUCCCAUGUGUAGAUACUAUAGAUUGAGUACCUUAGAGUAUGAUGGGGAAGAAAUUAGUGGCCUGGCAAGAUGCCCAUUUGAUGCCAGACAAACCAAUGUUGCCCUUUUUGCUGAUGGGAAGUUGUACUCUGCCACAGUAGCUGACUUCUUGGCUAGUGAUGCAGUUAUUUAUCGAAGCAUGGGUGAUGGAUCUGCUCUGCGCACAAUAAAAUAUGAUUCCAAAUGGAUAAAAGAACCGCACUUUCUUCAUGCCAUAGAAUAUGGAAACUAUGUCUAUUUCUUCUUCCGAGAAAUUGCUGUAGAACAUAAUAAUUUAGGCAAGGCUGUAUAUUCCCGUGUUGCCCGCAUAUGUAAAAACGACAUGGGGGGCUCCCAGCGGGUCCUGGAGAAACACUGGACUUCCUUUCUGAAGGCACGGCUGAACUGUUCUGUCCCUGGAGAUUCCUUUUUCUACUUUGAUGUUCUGCAGUCUAUCACAGACAUAAUACAAAUCAAUGGCAUCCCCACUGUGGUCGGGGUGUUUACCACACAGCUCAACAGCAUUCCUGGCUCUGCAGUCUGUGCAUUUAGCAUGGAUGACAUUGAAAAAGUAUUCAAAGGCCGGUUUAAAGAACAGAAAACUCCAGAUUCUGUUUGGACAGCAGUCCCCGAAGACAAAGUACCAAAGCCAAGGCCUGGUUGCUGUGCCAAGCAUGGCCUUGCUGAAGCUUAUGAAACCUCUAUUGAGUUCCCGGAUGAAACCCUGUCUUUCAUCAAAUCGCAUCCCCUGAUGGACUCAGCUGUACCCCCCAUUGCUGAUGAGCCCUGGUUCACAAAGACCAGGAUCAGGUACAGACUCACAGCCAUUGCGGUGGACCAUACAGCAGGACCCCACCAGAACUACACAGUCAUCUUCGUUGGCUCGGAGGCUGGUGUGGUACUUAAAGUUUUGGCAAAGACCAGUCCUUUUUCUUUGAAUGACAGCGUAUUACUGGAAGAGAUUGAAGCCUACAACCAUGCAAAGUGUAAUGCCGAGAACGAGGAGGACAGAAAAGUCAUCUCAUUACAGUUGGAUAAAGACCAUCAUGCCCUGUACGUGGCCUUCUCUAGCUGCGUAGUUCGCAUCCCCCUCAGUCGCUGUGAGCGUUAUGGAUCGUGUAAAAAGUCUUGUAUUGCUUCUCGGGACCCGUACUGUGGCUGGUUAAGCCAGGAGACCUGUGGGAGGGUGACGCCAGGGACACUAGCUGGAGGGUAUGAGCAAGACCCCGAGUAUGGCAACACCGCACACCUAGGGGAUUGCCAUGAAAUUUUGCCUACUUCAGCUACACCAGAUUACAAAAUAUUUGGCGGUCCAACAUCUGACAUGGAGGUAUCUUCAUCUUCUGUUACCACAAUGGCAAGUAUCCCAGAAAUCACACCUAAGGUGAUUGAUACCUGGAGGCCUAAACUGACGAGUUCCCGGAAAUUUGUAGUUCAAGAUGACCCAAACACUUCUGAUUUUACUGAUCCUUUAUCAGGUAUCCCAAAGGGUGUCCGAUGGGAAGUUCAGUCUGGAGAAUCCAACCAAAUGGUCCACAUGAAUGUCCUCAUCACCUGUGUCUUUGCCGCUUUUGUUUUGGGUGCAUUCAUUGCAGGUGUAGCAGUGUAUUGCUAUCGUGACAUGUUUGUUCGGAAAAACAGAAAGAUCCAUAAGGAUGCAGAAUCAGCCCAGUCAUGCACAGACUCCAGUGGAAGUUUUGCCAAACUUAAUGGUCUCUUUGACAGUCCAGUCAAGGAAUAUCAACAGAAUAUUGAUUCCCCCAAGUUGUAUAGUAACCUGCUGACCAGUCGGAAGGAGUUGCCACCCAAUGGAGAUACGAAGUCCAUGGUGAUGGACCAUCGAGGCCAACCUCCUGAGCUGGCUGCUCUCCCCACACCCGAGUCCACACCUGUGCUUCACCAGAAGACACUUCAGGCCAUGAAGAGCCACUCUGACAAGACCCACAGCCAUGGGGCUUCAAGGAAAGAAACCUCCCAGUUCUUCCCUUCUAGUCCUCCACCCCAUUCCCCAUUAAGUCACGGACACAUCCCCAGUGCCAUUGUUCUUCCUAAUGCUACACAUGACUACAACACAUCUUUCUCAAACUCAAAUGCUCACAAAGCCGAAAAGAAGCUUCAGAAUAUUGACCAUCCUCUUACAAAGUCAUCCAGUAAGAGAGACCACCGGCGUUCUGUGGAUUCCAGAAAUACCCUCAACGAUCUCCUGAAACAUCUCAAUGACCCCAAUAGCAACCCCAAAGCCAUCAUGGGAGAUAUUCAAAUGGCCCACCAAACCUUAAUGUUGGAUCCUGUGGGGCCUAUGUCUGAGGUCCCUCCCAAAGUCCCCAACCGGGAGGCUUCCCUCUACUCUCCUCCUUCAACUCUACCCAGAAAUAGCCCGACCAAGCGAGUGGAUGUCCCCACCACUCCUGGAGUCCCAAUGACUUCUCUGGAAAGACAAAGGGGAUAUCAUAAAAAUUCCUCCCAAAGGCACUCAAUAUCUGCGCUGCCUAAAAACUUAAGCUCACCCAAUGGGGUGUUGUUAUCUAGACAGCCUAGUAUGAACCGUGGCGGGUACAUGCCCACCCCCACAGGGGCUAAGGUGGACUAUAUUCAGGGAGCACCAGUGAGUGUUCAUCUGCAGCCUUCCCUCUCUAGACAGAGCAGCUACACCAGUAACGGCACUCUUCCUCGGACGGGACUAAAGAGGACACCGUCCUUAAAACCCGAUGUGCCGCCAAAGCCUUCAUUUGUUCCUCAAACCACAUCUGUCAGACCACUGAACAAGUAUACAUACUAGGCCUCAAGUGUGCUAUUCCUCCAUGUGGCUUUAUUCUGUCCGUGUUGUGAGAGGAUGCUGUUGUAUGGGUACCUUAAGACAAGAGACUCCCUCAUAUUUUAAGAGAACCAAGUGGCCAAAGAAACUCUUCCUAACUUUGGCAACACCAGAACUUGCCACAUGUAGCUACUACAGCAAGGCUUCUGUGUACUUGUCUGAAAACAAAGGAAGGUGCUGGUCAUUCCAUUUCUUUUGUUUGAAGUUGAAGAGAUAUGGAGCUCUGAGGGGCACCAUACCAGUGUAAAGAGCUGAUAGAGUAUUCAGAAGAAUCUGUUAGUAAAUACUUGAAAAUGGGUUCCACUUAGACUGCCAUUAUGUGUGGUCUUCCCAUUAAAUGUGAACAUUUUUUUAUGUAUGCAUUCACCUUGCCUCUUGCACAAAUGUCAAAAAAAAAAAGGUAAUGUCUCAAACUUGUAGAUUACCAAACAAUUUGCUAAGAAUUCAGUCUUUGACCCAAACUGUAGCAUUUUUUUUCAUGUGUGGCAUUUUUUUCAUGCCACCAAUGAACUGUGGUGUGUACAUGUGUGUGUGUGUGUGUGUGUGUGUGCGCACAUGUGUGUGCAUGCGUGUGUGUACGCAUGCAUGGUCUGUUCCCACUAGAAUUUAUUUAGGUUCCCAUUGCAUUUUUCUGUGCUAUGGAUUUGUUUACAUUGAGCAUGACUGAACAAGAGACAGUAACUACCCCCAUCCCCCACAGUCCAUGCAUACAACUCUGAGAAGGAAAUAAAAUCGAGGCUGAUUUGACCAUCAAAAUGAUUGACUUACAUGGUACCCAGUGGCAGAAUGUAAGAAUUCUAAGUAAUUUUGUGCUGCUAUUCAUUAACACUUCUAUUACAGUCUUGCCAGCUUAAGGAAAUAGAGAUAUUAAAAGAGGUAUCCUUGGUUUGUCUACCAGUAUUCAGUAGUAAAACUACCCGUCCACUGUGAAUCCAGCUGAGUCACCAUAUUUAACCUUAGUCACUCUAAUAAGGUUUUAUUUUGAUUGUCUCCCCCCCAUGUAGUAUAGUUUCUUUUGUUUUAAUUUCUCCAACCCCAAGAUAAAAACUAAACAAAAGACAACAAAACAGAAAUGUGAACGAAAUCCUAAUUGGCUUAACUGAAACUGUCUAUGGAAACUUACCAGAGGUGCAAUCUUGUUUUAGUUGUGUUAUGUAAGAAUUCUCUCCUAAGUCAUGCAGGUAAUGACAAUAUACUGUAAAUAUUACAUGUGAGUUUACCUGAAUCUGUGCAUUUUGUGCCUUAUUCAUGAGAAUGAUAGAAGUACUCAAAAGUAUGUCAAGUGUUUUCAGUAGAGCACAUCCUUAUUGAGUGCCAGUUGUAAAUGUUUUUCAACCAGCACCUGAAAAGACUUUAAAACGAUCAUUUAAAAACAAACAAACAAAAAAUACCAACCUAGAACAAUUAAUUGUAAAAGAAUCCACUCAAAAUAGCAGCAUUCUAUCCUUUGCCAUGAUAAACAUUCCACUCCAGCUUUCCUGAGGAUGACACGGUGAUAAUGUGAAGUCAAAUGAGGUGUCCUGGGUAAUGUGACACCUGCGGAAACCAUCUAGAGUCAUUUAUGCAUAGUUUGCAGAAACCACUUACAAUUGAUGAUGUGCAAACCAGCGACUGUUUCAGUUAAUGUGCUGCACACCACGCCAUGGUUUAUUGAACCUAAUCAGAAAGUAUCAAGGCAGAGGAAUGCUCCCGACUCAGUCAGACAAGUAAGUUCAACUGAAUCCUUGUGAUAACGCUGAUGAUACACAUUACUUGGGGGAGGAUGGGUUGCAGAGACCAGAGCAUUUUGAUACAGAAUGUAGAAUACUGAGACAGUUAUUCUUUUCCUUUGAGAAUAUUGUUUUAUAACGAACAUGAUUCCCUGAGAUCUGUGGAAGCUCAGAAAGCUCAAACUUCUGUUCUUGAAGCACCUCAGCUUUGCAACUAAAAUAUUACAGAUUAAUAAUAAAUUAAACCAACCAACGAUAAACAAUACUCAGCCCAUCGCCGACAAGCGUGUUUGAAUUCACCUUACCAAUAUUAAUCCCGGCGUGGGGAAAAUGGAACAGUAACUCUAUGUCAUCCCGGAUAACAUUUUGUAACAUUGUGCUGCCUUGUAGUUUGUAAUGUGAGUUCUAUCAGUAUUUAUGUUGACAUUUCUAACAUAAAAAUCUAGUCUCUAUCCUGUUAAUUUAAUUUUUAAAUGCUUUAUCCAUUUGUGCAAAGGUAAACACAGAUUGUAUCUUUUUUAAUGGUACGGCAUAAAAAGUAACCCUAAAGUGAAGUGGCUCUAUACUGUUUUAUAGAGUACUUUAACAUGUAUAGAUAUCUUGUAAACUUGUAUUGUGGAUGUGUAAAUAAUAUGUACUUUGGGUUUUUAACAACGCAUGUAAAGUAAAAAUAAAAUAUACAAGUCAUUAUAUCUAGCCUCUUGAUAUUGAAGAGG